AUGUGGUCCCGCAUCAUGGACAUGGCCGUGAAGACUCUGCUGUCUGUGGAGCCGUUCAUUUGUGCCAAGACCCGGCAUCUGAUGCACAACCGUUCGAAUUGCUUCGAGGUGUACGGCUUCGACGCCAUUGUCGACGAGGAUUUAAAGCCUUGGCUCCUGGAAGUGAACCUUAGCCCCAGCAUGCAGGCGGAGUCGCCGCUCGACUGGCAAAUUAAGUCUUCCCUCCUCACGACGUCUUCAACCUGGUCGGCGUGUGCCAGAAGGACAACGCCAUGGCCCUCUGCGCGCGCAUCCGGGCGCCCGCCACCGGCGUGCAGCUCCACCCGAGCCUGCCGCGGCCCCGCAGGGCCGAGGCCGCGCCGCGGGCCCAGGCCCAGGCAGGCCAGGAGGCAGGCCAGGAGGCCGAGCCGGACGGUUCUGGACCGCUCGGGCUGA